UGCGGGGGUGGCGGAGGCCACGGGUGCGAAGCUGAGCGGGAGCGGCCGCUCCCACCGGGCUUGAGCCGAUGCUGGCGGCCGAGCCCGCCGCUGCCGGAGCCAUGUCCCAUCCCGAGGCGGAGCGGGCGGACAGCGGCUCCGCGCCGCAGCCGGAGCCGGAGCCGGGUCCAGGGCUCACCGGACGGGCCCCGCACCGUAACCGCAGCCGGCGGUCCUCGGGGCGCGAUUCCCGACGUGCUUCCUCCCGCUUCAACCGGCGGAGCUCGGCCGAGCUGGAGCUGCUGGGGUACCCGGCGCCGGACGGAGUGCGCGGGGGGUCGCCGCCGCCGCCGCCGGCCGCCGUCGGGCUCCGGGAACCCGAGGAGACGGAGAGCGAGGAGGUGGAGACGCGGGCGGUCGCCACCUCCCCCGACGGCCGGUUCCUCAAGUUCGACAUCGAGAUCGGCCGCGGCUCCUUCAAGACCGUCUACAAGGGGCUGGACACGGAGACCACCGUGGAGGUGGCGUGGUGCGAGCUGCAGACGCGGAAGCUGUCGAAGACGGAGCGGCAGCGGUUCAGCGAGGAGGUGGAGAUGCUGAAGGGGCUGCAGCACCCCAACAUCGUCCGCUUCUACGACUCCUGGAAGUCAACUAUCAAAGGGCAGAUCUGCAUCGUGCUGGUCACAGAACUCAUGACGUCCGGCACCCUGAAAACGUAUUUGAAGCGCUUUAAAGAGAUGAAGCUGAAGGUGCUGCAGCGCUGGAGCCGGCAGAUCCUCAAGGGUCUGCAUUUCCUGCACACUCGCUCGCCCCCCAUCAUCCACCGCGACCUCAAGUGUGACAACAUCUUCAUCACGGGCCCCACGGGCUCCGUCAAGAUUGGGGACCUGGGCCUGGCCACACUCAAGCGAGCCUCCUUCGCCAAGAGUGUGAUAGGCACCCCCGAGUUCAUGGCGCCGGAGAUGUACGAGGAGAAGUACGACGAGGCAGUGGAUGUCUACGCCUUCGGGAUGUGCAUGCUGGAGAUGGCCACCUCGGAGUACCCCUACUCUGAGUGCCAGAACGCCGCCCAGAUCUACCGCAAGGUCACCUCGGGCCUGAAGCCCAGCAGCUUCUACAAGGUGAAGGUGCCCGAGCUGAAGGAGAUCAUCGAAGGCUGCAUCCGCAUGGACAAGAACGAGAGGUACACCAUCCAGGACCUGCUGGAGCAUUCCUUCUUCCAGGAGGACACAGGGGUGCAUGUGGAGCUGGCUGAGGAGGAUGAUGGAGUCAAGUCUGGGCUCAAGCUCUGGCUGCGCAUGGACGACACAAAGAAGCUGCACGGCAAAUACAAGGACAACAACGCCAUCGAGUUCCUCUUUGAGCUCUACAAGGAUGUGGCAGAGGAGGUGGCCCAGGAGAUGGUGGUCCUGGGCUUUGUCUGUGAGGCCGACUACAAGCUGGUGGCCAAGGCUGUGCGGGACCGUGUGGUCGCCAUCAAGCGCAAGCGGGAGAAGCUAAAGCGUGUCCAGGGUGCGCCAUCACCCGCAGAGCCAGAGCAGCCGCCAGGUGUCCUGCGGCUCCUGGAGGAGCUCAAGUCCCCACUGCCACCUGGUGCCCCCACGCCUGCCCUGGCCACCCCUGGCUCUGGGGACUCGGCCUUCAGCAGCGCCUUCCCCCUGGAGCCUGAGGAGCCCGAAGCUGACCAGCACCAGCACUUCACCUACCGGCACACCAGCUACUCCUCAGCCACCUCCGACUGUGAGACCGAUGGGUACCUGAGCUCCUCUGGCUUCCUGGACUCCCCGGACCUGGCCCAUCGCAGCUUUGUGGCAGUGGACCCCACCAGCCCCCCGCCCACCCGGCCCGUGCGCUGCUUCCCCACGAGCAUCGCCGUGCAGCUGCCCACGGAGCAUUUGCCCCCUGCCAGUGGCUUCUCCUCCUCGGUGGACAGCUACACCUCGGAUGUGGCAUCGGGCAUGAGCGAUGGCUGCGAGGGGCUCUCGGCCAGCGAGCAGAGCACCAAGCUGCCGCCCAAGAGAGCCUCGGGGAAGCUGCUGCGGCGCCGAGCCCGGUCCAGGCUGCGCAUCACCAACAUCUCCGACAAGAACGACCGAGUGGUGGAGUGCCAGCUGCAGACCUACAACAACAAGAUGGUGACCUUCAAGUUCGACCUGGAUGGGGACAACCCGGAGGAGAUUGCAGCCGCCAUGGUGAGAGCAGGGGGGGGUGAAGGUGGGGCCUGCCUGGCAGGGCUGGGUGCUGACUGGCCCCUCCACCCUCAGGUCCACAAUGAGUUCAUCCUCAAGUCGGAGCAGGAAAGUUUCAUCAACCGUAUCCGGGACAUCAUCCACCGCGUGGAGACCCUGCUCCGCAAGGACGGCCGCAGCGGCACCGAGCUGCCCAAGGGCCCCGAGGCUGACAGUGCUCUGGGCAGCCCUGUGGACCUGCAGCUGCAGGGGCUCUCGCGCUCCAUCUCCUCCUCAUCCUCACUCAGUGACCUGAGCUGCACCAGUCCCAGCCUCUCUGUCCAGUCCCCCGUCCUGCCGCUGCUGAGCCGCUCCCCAUCAGAGACCAACCUGGCCAGUCCUGUGGAGCCUCUGGCAGCCCGGGUGCCACUGGGGACCCCCACAGGUACCAGUGAGACCUGGCCCCUCGUCUCAAUGACUCCCUCCUGGCUCACGUCGUCACCAGCGCUGACACCAACACUGACUCCCCAGGGGACUCCAGGGGGUCCUGUUCCCCCAGCCCUGCCCCAAGCCCUCCUGUCCCCCCAGCCUCUCCCCACAUCCCCCAUUCCCUGUGAGCCCAGCAGUCCCCUGAGCCCCCCUGUGACCAGCACACCCUUGUCCCCCACUGCCCCCCUCUUGUCCCUGGCCAAUGUCUUCUCCCUGGCAGUGAUGACCGUGGCCCACACUGUCUCCUCCAUUGCCAGCUCAGGUGGGCACUUCUACCCACCACUGCUGCCACGGCCACAGAGUCUUGCCCUGGGUGUCCCACGCUUUGUCUACCCUGACCCCACCAGCACAGACAAGCCAGUCCCACCUGGCAGUGGGAUCCUGGAGUCAGUGAGAGCUGAUGUCCCCACUGCCGGGGUGCCCAUAUCCCCCCUUCCCUUGGUACCAGCCCCAGUGUGCCCCACAGGCAGUGGGGCCGUGGGGAGCCCUCUGCAGCUGCUGAGCACAUCCACAUCUGGGGGUCCAGAGGGCAGCACGGUGCUGCCCAGUGCCCCCAAGCCCAGCCACUCUCUGAUCAUCUCGGAGGCACCAGCCCCCAGCGUGCCCAAGGCCCAGCUCUCGCCCAUCAAUGAAGCAGAAGCCAAGCCCCAGGUCCUGGGCCGGUUCCAGGUGGUCCCAGCCAAGGACCUGGCUGUGAGCUCCCCGGGGCCGGGCAGCAGUGACGGAGAGCAGCACGGCACGGAGCCAGCAGCGAGCGGCUCCCCGCCUCCCGCGGCCCCCGACACGAGCCACAGCUCGAGCAGUGACUCGGACGUGGCACCGGAGGCAGCGGAGCGAGGCCCCAAGGCUGAGGAGGUGCCAGCCGAGGGGGGCGCGGUGCCUGCUGCGCCAGCGGGGAGCGACCCAGGGGAGGGCCCUGGGGAAGAGAGCACAGAAAAUGUGCCUCAGGCCAUGCUGAGCCAGGUGUGGCUGAGCUACUCCCGCAGCUUGUCCUAUGUGAGCAGCGAUGACACUGAGAGCGAGGACGAGGAGAUCUGGGAGGAGCUGCAGAACCUGCGGCAGAAGCACCUGGCGGAGGUGCAGCUGCUGCAGAGCGCCCAGAAGAAGGAGAUCGAGGAGCUGUACCUGCGGAUGGGGAAGCAGCCACCGCUGGGCAUCGUCUCGCCUGCUGCCAUGCUGUCCGGCCGCCAGCGCCGCCUGUCCAAGGGCAGCUUUAACCCCUCCCGCCGCAACAGCCUGCAGCGCCUGGAGCUGGCGCCGCCCGCAGGCAUCAUGCGCCGUAACUCGCUGAGCGGCAGCAGCACGGGCUCGCAGGAGCAGCGCCUCAACAAGGGCGUGACCUUCGCCGAUGACCUCGGGCGCGUGUAGCUGGCUGGCCAAGAAUGACUCCACGAACUACCUCAUCCAAGUGCCUGCUGCCCCGGGGCGGGCAGAGCCGGCCGGGCAGAGCCCGGGCUGCCCUUGGCCGUGGCCUGCAGCAGGGAAGCUGCGGGCCCGGUGCAGGCCUGUCCCACAGGCGUGUGCCCGCUGUCCCCAGCCCUUCUGCUGGAGGACACGAGCGAGGUGUCUCCGUCCCUCGUGCUGGAAGGAGCUGAGCCCGCCCUGAGGAGCCCCGGCUUGUCGCAGCCCUGCCGCACCUCAGCCCCGCCCAGCCUGCGGAGCGCCCUCAGCUCCCUGCGGCGCCGCCUGCUCCUGCAGCCGGACCCCGGAGCGCUUUGUUAGGAACUGGCGUGGGAAAAAUGUUUUCAUAAACAUGGAUUGAAUACAAGCCGGGUCUGUGCGUGUCUGUCGGGCAGGACGCGUGGCUGCUCGCCUCACUGUGCGAGGAUAGACAGAAAAUCCCCCC